AUGAAGCGAUUGUGGAGUGGAGCUGGAGGUAGGGAAAGGCAGCGUAUGGGGGAGGGGAGCCGGCAGUCCGCCCAGUCUUCGAGCGUUCGUUGGCCGCAGCGUGUUGGGGUUCAUGAUCUGGUGCUGACUGGACCCUACAGGGCAAUUUCCGCGUACGGGAGCGUCUCCAUUGAGAUUGACAGCCCCACGACAAACUCCAGCUCCAACGUUGACGUUGGCAUCUCCACGACGACAGACUCCAUCGACGUGGCUGGCAAAUUCACGACAGACUACGUCAGAAUCGACAUCUCCACGAAGAAUUACCACCAUACCGACGGCAGGACGACGACGCUGCGACGCAGAGGGCAAAGUGGCUCUCACCCGCGACUCCCCAAGGUCCCCCUGUCGCAGUCCGUUGUUGCGGUGCCACUCACCUCGCAGCUCCUAAUAGCGGCCGCCCUGCACAUCUCGGUCGCUUCUUCUAACCACACGGCGGCUGAGGGUCUCCUCCUGGUCCCUGAACCCGUCGUUGUUCGUUUCCGCCCUGAACCCUCCGGGCAGGAGGUGCAGCGUUUCGGCAUCGGCAGCGCCCAGGUCGAAAUCAAGGUCAUCUGGGCUUUGUACUUCUGA